UGACUGGAAGAGAAAGGUUAGUAAGCAGCCAUAAGAUAUUCCUGGAAAGAAAAUGUUUUCGUGUUGCAAAUGUGUGAAAUCAUUUGAAAAAAGUGGGGAUCUAUGGAACCAUUUAAAGAUCCAUAACAUCAAUACGAAGACCAGAACAAAACUUGUGUGUCAUGUGCAAGAAUGUUUUAAAACAUUUUAUCAUGGUUAUAGCUACAAGCGGCACUUACAAUAUCAUGAUUCCAUUGCACAAAAUGUCAGUGAUGGAAAUGCUGUUUCUGAUGAUGAAAGUGUAUCAGAUCAGUCAGAAGUGCUGCCAAAUGAAAAACCCAACGAGGAAAUAUCAGCAAAUAUCAAACAUUCUGUUUCUGAAUAUGUAGCAAAACUUAAAAGCUCUUCCCUGCCAUCAUCUACUGUGCAAAGCAUCAUUUGUGACACACAGGAGCUGCUCAGGAAUGUAAAUGAAGCAGUUCUACAAGUGUCAGCCCCCGUCAUUGAGGACAUAGCUCAUGAUAUCAAACCGUCAGAUGAUAAAAUUGACAGUCUACAGUCAGUCCUCCACAUGGUGAAAGAUCCAUUUGAUUAUUUCAGUUUAUCUACUGUCCACAAGCAAAACCAAUAUGCCCACGAAUGUAAAGUUCUUAUUGAGCCAGAAGAAAUUGUUUUGGGCAAAGCAUACAGAGAAUGUUUGAAUGUGCGUACUGGAAGGACUGAGCAAAAACAAGUUGAUGAAACUUUUCAGUAUGUGCCAAUAGGAGACAGUCUUAAAGUGUUCUUGGAACAACCAGGCUAUAUGUCGGUCAUCAGUCAAGAAAAAGACAGUGCUGGUGAGAAAGAAGUUCUUCAGACUUAUAGAGAUGGAUCAUAUUAUAGGACUUUUGAAGGGAAACAAAACUGUUUGGAUAUUGAAUUGUUACUCUAUAAUGAUGACUUCGAGACAGUAAAUCCCCUCGGUUCAAAGAAAGGGAAACACAAACUUCUUGGAGUCUAUUUAACUGUUGCUUCUUUGCCCAAGAAAUAUCAAGCUAAGCUUGAAAAUGUACUUUUGGUCGCUUUAGCAAAAUCUUCUCUUGUGUCCAAAUAUGGUGUUAAUGCUGUUCUGCAGCGUAUUUCUGAUGAUCUUGAACUUCUCUUUACGGAAGGUCUACAUAUAGAUAGUCCAGAUGGAUUCAACGGCACCAUUCGUCUGAGACUUCUCCAGGCAGUCGGUGAUAACUUGGCUCUCAAUACCAUACUUGGCUUUGCUGGAAGUUUUAGUGCAAACUACUAUUGCAGGUUCUGCAAGGCACUUAAGGCAAUAUGCAGAAAACAGGUAGUUGUUGAUGAAAGGUUACUUCGUACUAAAGAAAACGUUGAUUAUGAUAUCAGUUUAAAAGAUGUAUCCCAAACAGGACUCCGGAGAUCAUGUGCUCUCAAUUCACUGAGCUAUUACCACGUAUCACAAAACUAUGCUCCUGACCUGAUGCACGAUUUCCUAGAAGGGUUACUUCCAUUUGAGAUGAAACUUGUCCUGUCUGAGCUCAUACAACAGGGCAGAUUUAGCCUUGAUGAACUAAACAGUCGUAUUCGGUCAUUCAGCUACGGCGUAACAGAACACGCAAACAAGCCCAGCCUCAUUCUUCAAAGUCACCUUAACAACCCAUUAGGAGCAAGUGGUCAAAAGGCAUCACAGAUGAGCUGUCUUGUUGAAUUCAUACCUCUGAUUGUGGGAGAUAAAGUUGAAGAAGGGUGUGAAUACUGGAGGUUGUUCACAAUUCUUCUGGAAAUCUUCCAGCUGGUCAUAGCACCAAACAUUAGCAUUGCUGUUACCUACUACUUGCAGUCAAGGAUUAGUGAGCAUCAUCAGUUGUAUUUGCAACUAUUUCCUGAUAACCAUCUCCUCCCCAAGCAUCACAAUCUUCUCCACUAUCCCCGAGCAAUGGGAGAGCUAGGUCCUUUGUCACAGUAUGCUUGUAUGAGGCAAGAAGGAAAGCACAAGCCUUUGAAAAGGUGGGCAAAAACUUGCAAUAACUACAAGAACAUUGCCAAAACAAUUGCACGUAAACACCAGGAAGAUCAAGCAUUCAGAAUGCUCAAGAAAGAAAACAUCAACAGCGAAUGUGUAUGCAUCCACAGUUCAGAAUUUGUUAAAGUGUGUGAUCUUGAUAGUGAGGCAGAAGUAUGUCAGCUGUUGAGCUGUGAACCUGAUGCUGUACUAGAAUUGUGUGAUAAAGUAACAUUUUAUGGAUACACAUACAGACCUAAUAUAAUGUUGCUAACUGACUGGUGUGGUGAACUACCAUCUUUCUCAAGAAUUGAUUGUCUUAUGAGAAAGCAGGAUAGACUAUAUUUGAUGAUCCAACCAUGGAAGACAUAUUACUUUCAUGAUCACUUUCAAGCCUAUGUUGCAUCAGAAGAUGAGUUGGCUACAUUGCAGUUGGUUGAUCCUGAAAACCUGUUUGAACACAGACCUGUUCAUGCAGUGAAGAGUCAUGGUAUUGCAGAUCAUCGGUGGUACAUUCCUACCCGAUACAUGCUGUCAUAAGUGCAUCAAAGUUAACUCAGAGCCAAAAAUGAUGUACAGGUACAAUACACUGUAGUUUCAAUUCCUCAAUACCAGUUCAAACUUAUGUACUUUCUUUCAACGAAUAAAUGUGUAUGUACAAUUUUUUUUCUUAAUAAUAGCCUUUACAUAGAACUGAAUAUUUAGAAGGAGCAAAGUAAACCCCUCAAAGACAUUUUUGUAAUAUAACUUUGAUCAUCCAUAUCUCUGUUUACUGUAGCACUUCUAUGCAUCAUUAUACAUUCAUAUAAUAGGAAUGUCAGUUCAUUUCCAUUUCAAACAAUACACCAUCAGUAUUGAAUCUCAAAUAAUGGAAGGUAUAAAACACCUUAAAUGUAAACACUAUUAGUUCAAAAGUGUUUAAUUAUCUUUAGGAUACAAUGUUGGCACUCAUGCAGAACCACUUCAAUAUGACAAUAUCAAUUACACUCUAUCUAUCCUAAAACAAAUUAAGAAAUUUGACAUCGACAGUGAACACUAAUUUUCACUUUUGACAUGGUACCGUAAUUCAGUUGUCUUACACAUUCCAUAAUGUUUAAUUUUAUAGCUAUUUGAACUAGUACAAUCAGAAGCAUCUUUUCAAAGGAGAAUAGACAUACAUUACAAGUACAUUUCAAUAAUUUUGAUUUCAAGUAAAAUGAUGUGA